AUGAUGCCAAAUAUAGAUUUAUUAGAAAAAGAAUUAGAGACCCUCAAUACACGUGAAAAAAAACUUAAUGAUGAAUUAUCAAUUUUACUUUCAAAUCAAGAUUCAUUUGAGAGACAAAUGGCUUCAAUUAAAAAUCUAGUGCCAGCCUUACAAAUAAUAACACAAGAUGCACAUAAUUUAUCGAAUACAAUUUCAUUUACGGCAGAAUUAGCUGAUAAUAUUAGUGGAAAAGUUCGAGAACUUGAUGUGACAAAAAGUCGUGUUGUUGCUUGUUUACAACGAGCGAAAGACAUCAUUGAUUUAAAGAAAUGUACGGAUGGUGUUAAAAAAGCUCUAGAAGACGAAGAAUAUGAAGAAGCAGCUGCUCACAUUCAUCGGUAUUUAAAUAUUGAUCCAGCAUCACUUCAAUUAAGUAGUGAUCCAGCUGAAGGAAGUAGUCUUCAUCAAGCAUUACUUUCUCUUGAAGAUGCAGAGAAAAAGUUAAAAGCCAUUGUAAAUGUUAAGUUUGAUCAAGCUGUUGAAAUAGGACAUUUACCAGAAGCAAUGCGUUUUUUCAAAAUAUUUCCACUUUUAAAUUUACAUCAAAUUGGUUUAGAAAAAUUUUGUAAACAUCUCUGUUUACAAAUAAAUGAUCAUGGAGACAAAGAACUUAAAAAGACUUUAGAUAUACCAUUUAAUAAUAAACGUUAUCCAGUUAUAUUUUCGGAUUAUUUAACUAAUUUAUUUGAAUAUACUGCUGAAAUUGUGGAAACUUAUCAACCACUUGUUGAAACUUAUUAUGGGCAUGGAAAAUUAUUUAAUUUUGUUUCAAUGCUACAAUCGGCUUGUGAUACACAAGUUGGACGUGGCAUAAAUUCUUUUAAAUCUCAACGCCAAUUUGAUACAAUAUUUCGUCGUAUUCAACAGUCUGUUUUAACACAAAAAUCUCUUUCAACAACCUCAAAUAGUUUAACGCAAACUGAUUUAUCAUCAACUGAUAAACUUGAUCCACGCGAAUUAGAUGAUUUCUUAGCUGAAAUAACAUUAAUCAAUGCAAGUUGUGAAUUAUAUUUACGUUUUAUUCGUCGACGUUUAAAUUCUGAUUGUGAAGCUGCAUAUCCGUUAGUGGAUGAAAUGAAAACAGAUGCUUGUUUAAAUCAAUUAAAAGAAAUUGACAGAUUUAUUAAUCAUUCAGGUUUAAGUCGAAUUUUACAUGAAUUCAUAAAUCAAUAUAUUACUAUUGAGGAUUAUUUUAUGCGUGAAAGUAUUUAUAAAGCUAUUUUAAUUGAUUCACCCAACAUGGUCGAUGAUGUAUUUUUUAUUCUUCGAAAAUGUCUCAAACGAACAAUAUCCAGUUCAAAUGUCGAAGGUAUAUGUGCAAUGUUAAAUCAUGCUGUUAGUAUAAUUGAUACGACCUAUCGUGAACAAUUACAUAUUCGAUUAAAAUCUGGUUAUCCAUCAGGAUUUGAUUUAUCACAAGCAUAUACAGUUAUUCAAUCAAGCAUUCAAUUAGGUAAAUUACAAGGAAGUGAUAUUGAAAAAUUAAAACAGAUAUUUUUAACAACAUUCAAUAAUGUUGAAAUAACAUAUGGAAACUUACAUACGCUUAAAAGUUUACUUGAUGAAGAAUUGAAAAAAUUUUUAUCGUUAAAUGAACAUAAUAAAACAAAAUUAGAUACUUGUUUAAAUGAAAUUCAUUCUGCUGCGAAUCGUUUCAAAGAUUUAAUUGAAUUUGCUUGUCAACAAUUAUGUGCAAGUGCAAUUAAACCUCGAAUUAAAGUACUUAUGGAUGUCUAUGUUACUAUUAAUCAUAAAUUAUCUGAAGAUGAAUUUUCUCAAUUUGAAGCUAAUGAUCCAUUCCUACAAAAUUUUAUAGUACAAAUUGAUGCUUUAUUCAUUCCAUUUAAAAGCAUACUGAGUACUGGAAAUUAUGAUCGCUUAAUAGCUGCAUCUACUAGUGAAAUUGUUACCAUUUGGGAAAAAGUUCUGAUUAAAUGUGGAUUUAAUCGGUACGGUGGUCUUCAAUUUGAUAAAGAAGUUCGAGGGCUAAUGACAUAUUUAACAAAUGCUACUAGUCUUCCUAUUCGUGAUAAGUUUCAACGCUUGACACAAAUUGCUACAUUACUCUGUCUUGAAAAAUUGAAAGAAAUUAAUGAUUACUGGGAUCCAACAUCAAGUAAAAUAACUUGGCGUUUAAUUCCAUCUGAAGUUCGACAAAUUCUUAGUCUAAGAACGGAUUUUCGUAGUGAUGACAUUCGAGCAUUGAAAUUGUAA